AUGUCGGCUUCUGAGGGUCCUGCUUUUGAAGGAUAUCGCGACACUGGCCCGUCAGAAUCCACUGUGGCAAGUGAUCCCGCUCCUUUGCACCAUUUGGUGGUGAUGGUUACGAGCAGCCACCGCAGGAUCAACAGAUCCUCCUCCGCACGAGACGUUCUGUGGGAGCGCCACCACCGAGAAGCAGGCCGUCUCGCAAAAUAG